AUGAACUCUUUUAAAAUGGAAAUAAAUAAUCCAUCCACCAAGAUUGCUCUACCUGCUUUGAAUUAAUACAUUAAGAAAAAGAAAUAAAAUACAAAAAUCAAAUAAUAGUCUUCUAAUUCUAUUCUAUAACCCAAAGAAUUUAAGACCUCAUUUAUUAUACCAAGAAACAUUAAUCAGAACUAAUACUUUAGAACUAAAGAAAAUGUAUAAUUUGCUUUAACAACAUUCAGUGACAAUACUCUUGGUGAAUUAGGAAUAAAUAUAUUCAGUAUUGGGUAUUGUGUUUCUCACAGUGAAAUUUAACAACAGAAAAUGGAAUAUCAUUUUUAAGCUAGAGACUUUGAAUUAGCUGACAUUUCUACGAUAUUUUAGAUGUUGAGAUUGUUAAACAUGGAAAAAGCACAUACUAAUUUGAGCAAAUAUCUAUAGAGAUAUGAGUAAAUAUCAUAGAUCCCUUGUUCUACAUAACUUGAAAUAUCUCAAAUUGAGUAACUUGCUUCUAAGUAUCCCUAUGAAUGUUAUACAUUUCGUCAUGAAAGAAAUGAAUCUGUUAUACUAAAAUACACUCAUAACAUAAAGUUUCUUCAUCUGAUGGGUAUUACAAUUGACAUGUUAGAAGAAUAUUUGAGAGAAACUAAAACACUUCCAUGUGCUAUUAGAGUAGAUAAUUAUUUAGAGGUUUGGCAUCAAGUUUUUGAAGCAGUUUCUAACGAUUAAUAAAUUUUUGAGAUAGAAGUGUAAAAUUUUAAUGGAAAAAGAUUUUAUAUUAAAAUAAAAUAGGCUCAAAUAUUUGUAGAAAAAGAUGGAAAACUGUAUGGGUAUUUGUAUUGGAUAUAUUUAACUGAUACAAAUUAAAAUUUAGCAAUCUAGAAUUAUGAAACAGUAUUAGAGAAACUUUAUCCAAAACCAAAAGAAUGUCUUUAUAGAUAAAUAAAAUGA